AUGUCUGCCAACGGUGCUGGUACUAGCAAGGCUCCCGCCGAAGACCCCAACCCACGCCUUCCAGAUGAUCGCCAUCUGGUCAAGGUCCAGCCUGCUCGUCUGGCUGAUUUGCAGCCCCGAUAUGCCUCCACCAUCCAGCACGACGAGGACAACCCCGAUGCGCACGGCUGGUACGCGCAAAUGAUCCACAGCCUGGGAAAUUGCAUCGGUUUCUGCGGUGCUAUCCCCUGCUGCUUAUGCUGCCCUAACCCAUUCAAGCCCGUGGCCCAGGGCCAGGUCGGUCUGGUCUCGCGAUUCGGACGCUUCGAACGCUCCGUCGACCCCGGUCUGGUCAAGGUGAACCCGCUUAGCGAGCACCUGACCACCGUCGACGUCAAGAUCCAGAUCGCCGAAGUGCCGCGUCAGGUCUGCAUGACCAAGGACAAUGUCACCCUCAACUUGACCUCCGUCAUCUACUACCAAGUCACCUCCCCGCACAAGGCCGCCUUCGGUAUCUCCAACAUGAAGCAGGCGCUUGUCGAGCGUACGCAGACCACCCUGCGCCAUGUGAUUGGUGCCCGCGUUCUGCAGGACGUUAUCGAACGUCGUGAGGAGAUCGCACAGUCCACAUCGGAGAUUAUUGAGGAGGUGGCUGUCGGCUGGGGUGUCCAGGUCGAGUCGAUGCUUAUCAAGGACAUCGUUUUCAGUAACGAGCUGCAGGAAUCGCUCUCCAUGGCUGCUCAGUCGAAGCGUAUCGGUGAGAGCAAGGUUAUUGCUGCUCGCGCCGAGGUCGAAUCUGCCAAGUUGAUGCGCCAGGCUGCCGACAUCCUGUCCUCCGCCCCUGCUAUGCAGAUCCGCUACCUCGAGGCUAUGCAGGCCAUGGCGAAGACCUCCGGCAGCAAGGUGAUCUUCAUGCCCUCCGCUCCGAACGUGUCGCAGCAAUUGGCCGCCGCAGAGAAUGCCGGCGAGGGCCCGAGCACCUACGGCGGAGCCCCGAACCCCAACAUCGAUGCCGGUUUCCAAAGUGCUAUCAAUGCUCGCAUCGUCGAGGACAUCUAG